UGAUGAAACCAUGAAUUUCGUUAAGAGUGUUCAAGAAUGAAUUUAUAUGUAUAAAAAGUCAUAUUUGACCUAUAGAGUAAUUUUCCCCCUAAGUGUGUAUGAUUGAUCACACUUCAGCUGACAUAGUUAUGCCCCUGAUGUUGCAUUAUCCCUUAUUUCAACCCUUCAAUAUAAUGAUUGUAAUUGAAAACCUGCACUUAUUUAAUUACCUUGUCUUUUCUUUUAGAAUUAAUAGUGACUUAAACUUGAAAUCCACCAAGAAAAUGUAGAUAUUAUGUUAUCUGUCUAUGCGAACCUUGCUUGUACCUGGUCACCCUGACCACCCUUUUUCCUAUCCAGGAGUUAAGCAGCCUGGGUUCGACAUUUAAAGUUUUUAGUACUGCCAUAUGCAUGUGAAAUCCCUUCUUAUUAGUAAGUGGCGCUAUUUUUUCUGCUUCCAAAGCAGAGACACGUUAGCUUUGGUCUGAAGGCCUUCUUGUUAUCCUCUUCUCUUCAAUGGUUUGAAUACCUUAUCAAAAGGGGUUACCAUUUUAUAGAUUUGCAUAACAGACAGACGAUUUUGUUUAUAGUUGAUUUUUUAUUUAAUUAAUGAAUUUCAGUUGAUGUUGUAUUCCUUCAAAAGCAGUAUCUUUAACCCAGCUGUUUCAUCAUUUAACCUGAUCGUGACUCGUUGCUUAAGGUGAUCUGAUCCAAUAAGAUAAGAUGGGUGGAAGUGCAUUCAGUGAUGAUUGGGAAUUUGUUGCAAAUGGAGCUCGGACACUACUUCUGGUUGGACGUACAGGUGACGGUAGAAGUGCCACAGGUAAUAGCAUCCUUGGUAGAAAGGCAUUCAGGUCGAUGUCUAGCUUUGGUGGUGUUACAAGAACUUGUGAGAUUCAGAGGACUCGAUUAGAAGAUGGACAGAUUCUUGAUGUGAUUGAUACCCCGGGAUUUGAUUUUACAGCUGAAUCUGAAUUACUUGGAAAUGAAAUUGUUAAAUGCAUCGAUUUGGCUGAUGAUGGCAUCCAUGCUAUUCUUUUCGUUUUGUCUGUACGGACACGCUUUUCAAAAGAAAAGCAAGCUGCUAUCCAGUACUUUAGUGAGUUCUUUGGGACCAAAAUUAAUGAUUAUAUGAUUGUGGUCUUCACUGGCGGGGAUGAGCUCGAGGACAAUGACUCUUUGAAUGGUCAGUUAGAUCGUUCUUGCCCUGAGAAUUUAAAGGAAGUUCUUAAGAUGUGUGGAAACAGACAAGUGCUUUUGGACAAUAAGACUAAAGAUCCAUGGAAGAAAGCUGAACAAUUGAGGGAACUUCUUUUCCAUGUGAAUAUGGUUGUACAAAAGAAUGGUGGAAAACCAUUUAAGAAUGACUUGUUCGAGGAAGUAAAGAAGAUGAAGCUUCAUAAUGACACGUUGGAGGUUAAUUCUUCGCUUGGAGAUUUAAAGCAAGAGGUAACUGAGUUGAAGGAACAACUGCAGAGGUGGUCUUUUGAGGAGCAACAUAGGCGAAUAACUGAAACGGUUGAAUCUAAGCUGAAGGAGACCAUGCAUAGUCUUGAAAAGCAAUUGGAGGAGGAGCGCACUGCUCGAGUGGAAGCAGAAAGAAAAAUUUGUGAAUUGAGAGAUAGCUUAGAGAAAACUCAAAGGGAGACUGAGGCGCUCACAGUGGUCAAACGUCGCUCAUACAGCUGCUACAAAUGUCGAAGUCAUGUCUCAUUUGACGAUGAUAUCAUCUCCAAAAAAUUUCAGGCAAAUUGUGGUAUAGCUUUCCUUUUUGCUCAUGUGAGGAAUAUUAAUAUUGGACCCAAACAAGAAAAACAUCUCACAACUGGUCUUCACACAAUUGCUGACAUAUACUGCGGGAAUUGCCAUGAGGUUUUGGGCUGGAAGUACGAACGAGCUGUUCAGCUAUUGCAGAAGUACAAGGAAGGGAAAUUCUUACUCGAGGUGUCCAAAAUUGUUAAAGAUAAUUGGUAGCUCAUAACCAGUCAUUUUGAUUUUAUAUCUCAGUACUUUAUGUUAGUAUUUUCCUGUCUCUGAGCUUUCACUCUACAAAACUUUCCAACAGAUUAUCAUAUGCAUAUUGUCACUUUUGUUUCACGUUAUAACAUUUGUUGUUCCUUAUAAUUCACUGAUUCGGUUA